AGAUGACAUGACCCCUCCUCAGUCACAGCACCCUCCUGCCCGGAUUCCUGCCCCUUCCCCUCCUCACCAUGUCCAAAGCAGGCUGAGCCAACUCUAUGGCCCUGUUGGCUUUCGGUUUCUAUGCCUAGAAAUUGUCACGUUAUGGGAAGUUUACUUUCAUUUUCACAUUCCUCGAAGUUCCUGCUCUGCAUUGUUGGUGGGGUUUCCUCCCUUUGUUGACUGGAUUCCUGUGAGGGCAGGGCAGCAGCUAGGGGUAAACCUCAGCGCUCUUCAUGCACAGCUCCGCCUCCUCCUCGGCAGCAGUCACACAAAUGCAGCACACUGGGAUCUCCGAGUGAAGUCCGAUCUGUGCAGGUCUGGGUGCGCUUGGUGUGCCUGACGCUGUGGGACGCCCUUCCCUGGACCCACUCUCCUCGGCUCUGCUAGUGGGAAGGUUCGGAGCUCAACUCAGCCACCAGAGAGCUCUUUUUCUCAAGGGAGCUGUGUCUUUUGCUGCCCACAGCCAUGGGUCAGUCUUCUUCCUCACCUGAUGCAAAGGACCACAGUAUGGCCUCCAGCUUUAACGCAUUUUUCAAAACUUUCAAGAUGGAAAGUAAGAUCAUUUCUGAGGAGACCAUCAAUUCAAUUCAGUCGUUUCUGCAGGAAGGGGACAUACAGAAGACAAUUUCCACGAUCAAUGCUGCUUUGGCAGACAUUGAGAAAGCCCCUCUGAGCAUCGCAGUGACAGGGGAGACCGGGGCAGGAAAGUCCACAUUCAUCAAUGCCCUGCGGGGCAUAGGACACGAAGAGAUUGAAUCAGCUAGGAUUGGCGUAGUGGAGAUCACAAUGAAAAGACAGCCUUAUACCCACCCUAAGUUCCCUAAUGUGACCAUCUGGGAUCUCCCUGGGGUGGGGACAACUACCUUUAAGCCAGAAAAAUACCUGAAGGAUAUGGAGUUCCAGGAGUAUGACUUUUUUGUUAUCGUCUCAGCCACUCGCUUUAGAGAGAAUGAUGCCCAGCUGGCCAAAGCAAUUGCAAAAAUGAAAAAGAAUUUCUAUUUUGUUCGAACAAAAAUUGAUAGUGAUUUGUGGAAUGCGGAAAAAUGUAGACCCAAGACCUUUAAUAAGGAAAAAAUCCUGGAGGAUAUCCGCAAAGACUGUGUGGAGAAGCUCCAGAAGGCCGAUGUAGCCUCCUCUCGAGUCUUCUUAGUCUCCAGCACGGAGGUAGCACAGUUCGAUUUUCCUCGCUUGGAGUCCACCCUUUUGAAAGAGCUGCCGGCACACAAGCGUCACAUCUUCAUGCAGUGCGUGCCUAACAUAACCGAGGCUGCUAUUGAUCGCAGGAAAGAUGUCCUGAAGCAGAAGAUCUGGCUGGAGGCUCUGAAGUCUGGAGCAUUGGCCACCAUCCCUAUGAUGUCUUUCUUCAAGGAGGACAUUGAGGAGCUGGAGAAGACCCUGAACUACUACAGGUCUUGCUUUGGGCUGGAUGACAGGUCACUGGAAAACAUGGCCAGCGAUUUGUCCCUGCCUGUGGAGAAGCUGGUGUCCAGCAUUCAGUCACCGCAUUUGCUGUCAAGUGAGAUGGACGAGCCUGUGGGGGAAAAACUGGUGAAAUACCUGGAGAAAAUUUUUGCUGUCACUGGCGGACUCAUAGCCACUGGCCUUUACUUUAGAAAGAGUUACUACCUCCAAAAUUAUUUCCUUGACAUAGUGACUGAUGAUGCUAAAACUCUACUUAAGAAAAGAGUUUUUUUGGAGGACUGUGGGGAUUCUGAUGAAGGCCAUAAAGACGGGAAAAAUGAGACAGCUGGCCUGUGACUUAGGUGACGUUAGUGUUUUCAGGACACUGGGGACUGGAAAGAUGGCUUAGGGUGUUCCUGAAGCACCCUGGUGCAGGAAAUCACAGCCAGGCCUAACAUCAACUGAAGUCUCCAGGAAGAAGAUAGGGCCCCCCAACAACAACAAAUACACGUGGACAAUAAUAAUAUCACUAAGCUCACCAACAUCUACAGAUCAGCUUUGAACUACAAAGUGCUCAGAGCAAUUUUGAGAAGGCUAGCUGAGAUGAUCCAGUCUCAAAGACUACUUGAAUAAGGACUUGAGAUAAACCCUGAACUUUGGCAUUAUAUACAGACUGGAUAAUGAAGGAUACAGUUACCUUUCCUAGAUUUUGACAAUUAACCUAAAAUUUUUCUUUCAGGAUAAAGAUAACUUCGCCCAUACCCAGCAGGAAGCAAUUUUAAGAACACGACACCCACAUUCCCAAAGAGGUGGUGUGGGGCGGGUGGCUUUUUGGUCUUUUUAAUGGGUUUUGGGUCUGGGAUAAUUUUCAUUGUUUACAGGGGUUGGUUACAAGUUGUUGUCAAGGAUUAGGAAAAAGGCUAAGCAAAGGAGAUUAGAUUUAAGGUUCUUGUUUAAAAGAAGAAGAAGAAGAAGAAGAAGAAGAAGAAGAAGAAGAAGAAGAAGAAGAAGAAGAAGAAGAAGAAAAGAAAAAGACAAUUGCUAGUUUUAAAUACUUUACAUUGGAUUGGAUUGUUUUAUAUUGUAUACAAAUUUGAAAUUGAUAUUGUUAGAAAAUGCUAUAUGUAUAUUUCUAAUUGUACUUAUACCGUUCAUUUAACAAUGUAAUGCAAUUUUCUGAUCCUUGAAUGCUAUUUUUUUUUUUUUUUUUUUUUU